GGAAUAUCUAGUUUGGAACUAGUACUGUGAUGUCGUCACAAGAUAUCGCUACUAGUUAAGAAGACAGACAGCUGGCAGCUGACUGGGCCUGUGGCCGUAACGUCAAAUGUUCAGGCUGUCAUGCCUUUCAUUAGAAUCAACACUAUAGAUAGCUUAGACUUUUGCUAUUUUCCUAUCACUAAGUCUCGAGUGAGUUUGAGUGUAAAAGCCAGUCACGAUGCAAGAAUCGCUCUUAGAACACAUCUUGGAGAUGAUUCAAAUGCAUAUGAAAUCGUCAUUGGUGGCUGGGGUAAUACCAUGUCAGCGAUAAAAAGGAAUAACAUGGAACCAGAUGUAGCAGAGGCUGAUACUAGAGAAAUAUUAGGUGGUGAUGAAAUAUGUGACAUCUGGUUACAAUGGUCAUGCGAUGGAUUACUUAGUGUAGGACAUGAAGAAGAUGACUCGUUCAUGUCAUACAAAGACAGAGAUCCCUUUGUGAUAAACUAUAUUGGUGUAGGUACUGCAUGGGGUGCAACUGGAGAGUGGAUAAUUGAAGAAUGCCGUUUAACAUCUCCAGCUGUUCGACAACAAUUAUUGGAGACUGCAAACUAUUGGAUAGACUAUAACGAUGCUGAGGGCCUGCCUCGCAAUGCAGUAAUGGCAUCGGAGGAUGGUCUCUAUGUUGGACGUGCUCAUCAUAGAGAAUCAGUGACUCCUGGUGGCGUUAGAUCAAACGUGUGCACGCUCCCAUGGGGUGGCGCUGCGCACGAGAAGAAGGAUUUUCAAGUUCUUUGUGGCAAAGAUAUUAACUGGAUUAAAGGUUGGCAAGGCAGUGUACCACUCUACGCUUUACCAGCAGGUGAAACUGAAGAUGGCAAUGCAUUAUUUAUUGGUAGAAUUCUUCAUGAUGGUAUCUAUUAUAUCGGCAAGGUACAGCCAGAUCAUCAAGGAUGUUACAUACCGUUAAACGGCCAGGAAAUAUCUUACUUAGAAUAUGAAGUACUGGUCGUUAACGAUUGCCCGAUCCUUGAUUGCAUCGGGAGAUAAAGUUCAGCAGUCUAUACUUGAAAGUAUAUUUAUUUUUACAUCCAGGAUACACCAUAUAUUUUGCAUACUAGACGUAUUUAGUACCGACUAAGGGAUAUUUGUUACUCAAUAUCAAUUAGGAGCAAGAGUCAUAAUUGAAAUCCAAUUAAAUGCCCAUAAUAAACUGCCGUGCAGUAAACGAAUACAUUAUAUAUAAUCUGAAGCUACUUUGAAAAUGCAUUCUGUCGCUCUAUAUAUUUUUAAAUUAUGUAUUAUAAUAGAUAUUGCUCCCUUGUUCAACAAGUACGACAGUGAUUGUAAUUCAACGUAGCAAAGAGUACCUUUAAAUCUGAUGGAUUUGUUUUUCACGCGUCAGUUAGUAAUUAGUGAAUAAUGACAGUUCAGUGAAAAAUAUUAAAAGCCAUGCUUGUCCUAUUCAAAAUAUUAUGAGACAAGACCAAACGAAUAGCUUUAGAAUCGAAAACAUAGUGUUUAGUUAUUCAAUUAUUUUUUUCAUUAAAAUAGACAUCUUGGGCUUACUCAUAUCUAUUUUAAUGAAAGGAUAUUAGACUAAAAUCGAAGGAAGCAGAUGAGAAUUUUUAAUAGGGCCUUAAUAAUAACGACUUGUACAAAUGUAACAAUUUCUUCGUUGACAGUCGACGAAAUUAACAUAUGAGAACAACUUGAUGAAAAAAAAAGAAAAUAUUAUUACCAACUACAGCAUUAAUAAUGUUACCAUUAAUUAAACUAACGAUCUCAAAGCAAUACCUUCAUGAAAUUACUUUUACGGGUGGAGUUAUUCAAUACAAGAAAUAUAAAAACAAUAUCGAUCGGAGUUUCUCAUGGUCAAAAUAUUACUAUAAUAUAAAAAAACAACAAGAUAAUUACGUGGAUUGUAAUAUGUUUUGUGAUUGCGUUAAUUGCAAGUGAAAGGUAUUGUGAAAUUUAUAAGAAAAUGAUGACCACACCUUUUACUUGAAAUAUAUAAAAUUUUUCGAUAUAGUGUGUUAACAUUAAUUAUUAGUUUCACAAAUGCCUGAAACUAUAGUAAUGAUAUUGUAAAAAAAAAA